AUGACGGAACAACAAAUAGAUAUCACCGAUCUGAGUCCGGCUCAACUACAAGAAGUCAAAAAACAACUUGAUGCGGAAUUAGACCAUCUCACAAACUCGUAUUCUCAACUCAAACAAGCUCAAGCUAAAUUUAAAGCUUGUGUGAAUGAUAUAGGUGAAUUAACACCUAAAUCCAAAGGAAAAGAAAUACUCGUCCCUCUCACUAGCAGUCUUUACGUCCCAGGUAAGAUUAAUGAUCCGGAAUAUGUGGUGGUGGAUGUAGGUACGGGAUAUUAUGUUAGAAAAACAAAAUCAGAGGCGAGACAACAUUACACUUCUAAAUCCAACUUCGUACAACAAAACCUUGAAACUUUACAAAAAGCCAUAGAAAAGAAACAAGACAAUGUCCAAAGUGUCGUUGGGGUCUUACAAUCGAAAUUACAAGAACAACGGCAAGCUCAACCCACAUGA